UUUCCUGAUACACUCCAAAUUUGUCUUGAACAGGUUCCUGAAUUUUCAAAUCAAACCUAUCUAUCACUUUCUCUCUCUAACACGUCCUCUCUCUCUCUCUCUCUCUUGUUCUCUUCAGAUUCAACUCCCGGGAAUUUCUCACUGUCUUCAAAUUCUUCACGAAUCAGAUUUAUAUAGAGGAAGCCUUGAGAGGUUGGAAUUGGAUACUUGGCUUCAAAGUCCUUAGUAUUUAGAUAUAGCACACAAUGGUAGCAAGAAUCAAGCAAACUUCUACUGACUCUCCCAAUCCAAAACCAGAGGUUGGAGAGAUUGACACUAGCCCACCUUUUCAGUCUGUUAAAGAUGCUGUGUCUCUAUUUGGUGAAGGUGCUUUUUCUGGUGAAAAACCUAUGUAUAAGAAGUCAAAACCGUAUUCUGCUGAGAGAGUUUUGGCCAAGGAGACAGAACUUCAUGUAGUGCAAAAGGAGCUGAACAAGUUAAAGGAUCAAGUAAAGAAUGCUGAAACUACCAAGGCUCAAGCUCUUGUGGAGCUUGAAAGGGCUCAAAGGACGGUUGACGAUCUGACACAAAAGCUAAAAGUUAUCAGUGAAUCUAGGGAGUUAGCAAUCAAGGCAACAGAGGCUGCAAAAUGUCAGACAAAACAACUUACAGAAGAAAAAUAUGGUGACCCGGAUGGAACUAAUGGUGCUUGGAAAGAAGAGUUAGAAACUGCAGUUAAAAGGUAUGCAUCUGUGAUGACAGAACUUGAUGCUGCAAAGCAAGAACUGAGGAAGACUCGUCAGGAGUAUGAGUCAUCCUUGGAUGCAAAGUUGUCUGCUUUCAAGCAAGCUGCAGAAGCUCAAGGAGCAAUGAAGGAAAAUACAGAAAGAAUGGCUGAGCUGUCUAAAGAAAUUUCAGCCGUAAAGGAGUCAAUUGAGCAAGCGAAGCUUGCAUCUGUGGAAGCACAGCAACAACAAGCGACAAUAUUAGCUGAGAAAGAUGUUCUAAGACAAUCAUAUAAAGCUACCCUUGAACAAUCUGCUAAGAAGUUAAUAGCUUUGAGAACAGAAUUCAAUCCUGAGCUUACCAAAAAUCUUGAAGUACAGCUGGCCGAGAUAGAGAAUGAAAUUGGAGCUCUGCAAAAGCAAAUGGAAAGUAAAAGGACGUCCGACUUGGACUCUGUGAAAAGUAUCACUUCAGAACUUGAUGGUGCUAAGGACUCACUGCAGAAAGUAGCAGAUGAGGAAAACUCUCUUAGAAGCCUGGUGGAAACUCUUAAGGUGGAACUAGAAAAUGUAAAGAGAGAACAUUCUGAAUUAAAGGAGAAAGAAGCUGAAACUGAAUCCAUUGUUGGUAAUCUGCAUGUCAAGCUUCGCAAAAGUAAGUCUGAGCUUGAAGCCUGCUUGGCAGAAGAAUCCAAAGUUAGAGGUGCAACUGAGGAGAUGAUCUUGACGCUGAGUCAGCUGACAGCUGAAACUGAAAAUGCACGGCGGGAAGUAGAAGAUAUGAAGAACAAGACAGCCGAAUUGAAGAAGGAAGCAGAAGUUACCAAACUUGCAUUAGAAGAUGUGGAGAAAAACCUUAAAGUAGCACUUGAAGAAGCAGAAGAAGCCAAAGCAGCUGAGGCUGGUGCUCUCAACCAGAUUACGGCAUUAUCUGAAAGGGCUAUCGCUGCACGCUCGUCAACAUCUGAAUCUGGUGCUGUAAUUACAAUCUCGAAGGAGGAAUUUGAGGCACUAAAUCGGAAAGUUGAGGAGUCUGAUAAAUUAGCCGACAUGAAAGUCGCUGCUGCCAAGGCUCAGGUUGAAGCUGUGAGGGCUAGUGAAAAUGAGUCUAUCAAAAGGUUGGAGACAACUCAGAAGGAGAUUGACUAUAUGAAGACUGCGACACAGGAGGCCUUGAAAAAGGCUGAGAUGGCUGAAGCAGCAAAGAGGGCAGUGGAGGGUGAGCUUCGAAGGUGGCGCGAGCGGGAGCAGAAAAAGGCAGCAGAAGCUGCAUCUCGAAUAUUGGCUGAAACACAGAGGUCGCCUCAAGCAUCUCCUCAGCACUAUAUGAUUCAAAAGCAGAAUCCUCCUCAUACAACAGUGGAGGUCAAGAAGUUUGAAAAGGAGAAGGUUUCAGUUUCAAAGAAAGUUCUCUUGCCUAAUAUCAGCGGUAUUUUCCACAGGAAGAAAAAUCAGGUUGAGGGUGGAUCUCCUUCUUAUCUGCCUGGUGAAAAUCCUGUAUGAAAUUUGAAACUUGGAGUAGUUUGUGAAGUUCCUGAAUUGGUGAGAGAAAAAAUGGAUCUGUGUGCAGCUAAGAAAUUUGAUCAGAUUUUGUUUAUGUAGUGUAGUCUGUUUGAAGGAAAGAAUUGUGUGGUGUUAAUAGUUUUGAUUACAAAUGGGGGGAAGCUUCAUGUAAAUGGAACUAGUAGUAAGAUUAAAAUCUAGUGGUAUUUUUCUGUUGA